AUGACGAAUCAAGCAAUUGAUUUGACUGCUACUGUUUCUCAAAUCAUCCUUGCUUAUCGAGUAACCAUUGCUUCAGGAUUUUGCACUUGCUACGUGGGUGUUUACACCAUCUUCUUUAGAUCCGGUCUUCGCCUUCCUACUUUUGAUUUUCUAAAUUCCGUCCAGAGUCACUACAAGCUUCAUAUUGCUCAAAUCGCCCCUAAUGGAUUCAAGAAGAUCAUGUGUUUCGUGCUUCUAAACAAAUCCCUGGACAUCAUUCCAUCCUUAUCAGUGUUUCGCCACUUUUAUGUAACGAUGGUGACCAAGGUAUCAUUUUCUAUCCGCCAUAUCUCUAUUGAAAUCUAUGACGGCUUGCCCUUUUCUAUUAUGAAAUGGAAACCUGAGUUCUUUUUUAUGGACGCUUCUGUGUUUGGUCUUCCCGUUCAACUUGAAGACCCCCCUGCUCGUGAACAUGACUCUGCCCCCGAGCUUACCCAUCAAGAACGUUCUACCGUUGAUCGUCUUGUGGUGAAUUUCAUUAAGUGGUCCGACCUUGACGAUUCAAACCUUGAACUUACCGGAUUAGGCGAUGCCGCUUACGUCAACGAUAGACUCCCUGCCCCAUGCUCCAUGGCGAAACAAAAAACCGAAAGUCUUCAUGGCAAGCCUCCCACUAAGCCUCCAAAAGGUUCAUCCAAGCGAAAGAGGGGCGCGACGGUACUUGAUAGUGAAACCGUAUCUGGGGAUUUAUACAUUACCCUUGCCAGUAAUCCUUCGAGCGUAUCUUCCCCCAAACAUCCUCAUACAGUUCGUCCUUCUAAACUUGCCUCUCCUUCGAAUACCGAUGGUAAUGGUAAGGGCGUAAACCCAGGUGAUUCUAUAGACAAUAUUGACCGCUCAACUCCAGAGGCCACUAUCGAGUCAUCCGGGCAACAUGAAUGCCCCGUUCAUUCUGACUCGGAGUUAUCCACCGCAACCGAAGCCACCACAGAAUCCAUUCUGCUUAUCACUCCUAUUUCUGUUGUUGAACCCAUCCAACAGGUUCCUCUAACUACUUCGACUCCAACCACAAAUCUUGCUUUCUCCAUUGACUCUCUACUAACGGUCUUAGUGCCACCUACUUCCAAGAUCCUUCCUAUGAUGUCUCUGCUUAAGAAAGAUUUUAUUCCUGUGAAAAAUCAAUAUCCUCCUCCAACUUUGAUGUCUCUAGCUUCUUCUCUUCCUUCUUUCCUUCAUCCUUAUACAUCUACCAACUUUGCCAAUAAGCAUGUUCUUAGUAAGAUGACUGAUGAAUAA